CAUACCCUCUUGUCUAGGAUGCUGCUGCUGCUACUGCCCAUACUGUGGGCAGUUGAAUGGGCCCAGGGGAAGGUGAAGUUGGGAGCCUCUGCCGACGCUGGAGUCCCCACAAGAUCCUUGGCUCAAGAUCCGAUAUACCGGCUACAAAUACAGGAGUCCCUGACGGUGCAGGAGGGCCUGUGCAUCUCUGUGCCCUGCUACUUCUCCCACCCCAAGGAAUACUGGAUCGACACUUACUCUGCUUUGGGCUACUGGUUCCGGAAUGGGACCAAUGUACAUUGGGGUGCUCCAGUGGCCACAAACAACCCAGAUCGAAAAGUACAAGAGGAGACCCAGGGCCAAUUCUUCCUACUUGGGGACCCUCAGGCCAACAACUGCUCCCUGGAGAUCAGAGAUGCACAAAGAAGGGACUCAGGGACAUACUUCUUUAGGGUGGAGAGAGGGCCUCAUUUGAAAUAUAGUUACCUACAGAACCAGCUCUCCGUGCAUGUGACAGCCCUGACCCAUACACCUGACAUCUUCAUACCAGGGACCCUGGAAUCUGGCCACCCCAUGAACCUGACCUGCUCUGUGCCCUGGGCUUGUGAGCAGGGCAUACCCCCCAUCUUCUCCUGGAUGUCAGCUGCCCUUACCUCCCUGGGCCCCAGGACCCACCUCUCCUCGGUGCUCACCCUCACCCCCAGGCCCCAAGACCACGGCACCAACCUCACCUGUCAGGUGCAGUUCCCUGCAGUUGGUGUAAUGGUGGAAAGGACCAUCCAACUCAAUGUCACCUGUACCACACAGAACCCAACAAAUGGUGUCUGCUUGGAACACAGCACAGGGAAACCAGGGACCAGGUCAGGAGUGACUGUAGGUGCCAUUGGGGGAGCUGGUGUCACCAUGCUGCUCACUCUCUGCCUCUGCCUUAUCUUCUUUCGAGUGAAGACCUGCAGGAAGACAGCAUCCCAGACAGCAGUGGGCAUGGACAAUAUCCACCCAGUUGUGGAGCCAGCUCCCUUGGAUUACCAGGAGUCAGACCUCCCUGAUGACCCCACAAGCUCUGCAGAGGUGCCCCCCACCUCGGAGAUGGAGCAGGAGCUGUAUUAUGCCUCCAUCAGCUUUCACAGGAGGACGGAGAGCACCUGUGCAGAAUACUCAGAGAUCAGGACCCAAUGAGGAACCACAAGGAGCAUCAGUCUCAGAGGAAGCGUCCAUAUCCUCCAGGAAGGGGGAUCCAAACCCUGAUUUUUAGAAGAGUUAACAUCCCCAUAGGCAACGGGCUUACAAACUCCUGAAUGUGAGUUUCCUGCUAUAUGGAAUUAACUAAGGCUUUGUAAUCAGAGAGGCCUGGGAUGGAAUCCAUGCUCUCUCAUUUAUCAGCAGGGUGACUUCACGCAAGCCACCUUACCCCUCCGUGUCUCAGUUUCCUGCUUUGUGAAAUGGUUGUAAGAAGUCCCAUCUCACAGGGUUGCCAUGAGGAUUAAAUAGAAGUGCAUAUGGAAAACACUCAACAGAGGUCCUGCUGCAUUGUGAUAGUUUGGCGCAUACUGGUUCCUUGCCCCUUGAACAGAAAGGUGUUGGUGACAUUUCACCUAGGGGCUGGGUAUGUUCUGCCCAGGACAUCAGAAAUGUUUCAGUCUCACUUUCAAAACUCCCCCAUGUGGUAGUCAUUUUGCAAUGUAUCAAAUCAUUACAUUGUGUAACUUAAACUUACACAA